UCCCUUCCCCAUCGCCUCUCGCCUAUCUUUCAUUCCUUUCCCCCCUCACUGUGUGUCUGUCUAUGUGAGAGUCUCCGUCGACGCUGUCUUCAAUGGAUCCCAUCGAGCCCGUCAACGGCUCGCUCGAUCCCCACGAAGGCCAGCCCCCGUCCGCCCCCCAGCCGACGUCAUACCCCCGACAACGUGCGGCGUCGCUGCGUUCCCGCCGUCCCUCCAUUCGCCUCCAACGCCUACCUUCCUUCGAACAAGCCAACUUAUCCACUCUUCGGUCCCAACCAUCGCAGCAAAAUGGUGACAGCUCUAGCAGAGCUGCUGGAUCCACCCUUGCUCCUCUUCCUUCCAUUCCUGCGGCAUCAACCGAGGACGAAGCAUGGCAGGGCAAUCGCCGCCGCAGCAACUCCGAACCCCGACCUGGGCGAUGGUCUGCGCCCAACCCGGCUGCUUUCACACGCUUGACGACUGGCGACCAGAUGCACCCGGUAAAGGAGGAGGUAUCACACCAGAGCCCGAUCGUCGCCACGGAGUCAAGUCAACCACUCGCAGAAGAUGUCCCGCCGCGUCCUGAAAUGCCGAGAAGGGGGAGUAGAAAUCCAAUGCGGUGGGCGAGUGGAGUGAGCGCGAACCGGUUCACCAGGAAUCGCGCAUCGACUGUUAGUGGAAGCGCUCCAGCCCAAACCGAUGAGAUGGGCGAUGAAUAUCGCCCUCAUAUUGUCGAUGUUCUGGAUGUGAUCGAUCCGGAAGUGUCGGCGCUAUCUACGCUCACGAACGUACAAAAUUCCUUGUUCAUUCCGAAUUUGGGACCUCUCUUGAAUCGUAACCAGACAUAUACCCUCUCGCCGCCCUCGCCAUUAAGAGAACUGGAAACAAGCGAUGAGGAACCAUCGGACGAGGCAAAGGAACCUGAAGUCCGUCCUUCUCUCGAACAUACUCUCACGUCUGUUAUAGCCGAGGCAGGCGAGCCUCGGUUUGCCGUGCUGCCUGAGGGAAGUGAUCUGGCGGGUUGGAGUCAAGAAGAAAUAGAAGAGCUUAACGAUCACGUCCGGCACAUGCUGCAUUCUCGCCGAUCAAAGUUCAAACGUUCGAUGAAGGGUUUCAGGAAAUAUGUCUCUAAGCCCCUUGGAUUCCUCGUUACCCUAUAUGCCACCCUUAUCACGCUUUUUGGGCUUGCUUGGGUACUCUUCCUCAUUGGCUGGAUCAAUGUCGGAGGCCGGCAAUCUUAUAUCAUUAAUGUCAUCGAUAACGUCCUGGUUGCCCUGUUUGCGGUCAUGGGCGACGGGCUGGCCCCGUUUCGAGCAAUCGACACCUACCACAUGAUAUUCAUCGCGCGCUACACGUUUCUGACAUGGAAAAUUCGUCGUAAACGCCAUCUCCCCGAUCUCAAGAACAAGAACGACCUUCCGUCGCGACGUGAGACAGAAGUCGAUAUUGAAUUUGGCGACACCCCCAAGGACGAAGAAUAUGAAUUUACUGUGCUCGACCCUGUGCGGCAGCAAAAGCUCAUCCACCACCAAACCAAGCUGUCCAACUCCCACACUUUCUACAAACCCCAUGAAACCUUUACCCACAACGCUUUCCCUAUGCGCCUACUCAUCGCGAUCGUUGUGCUCCUAGACUGCCACUCUCUCUUUCAGAUUGCUCUGGGCACCUGCACCUGGGCCAUCAGCUACCACGUCCGUCCCUUUGCCCUCACAACCGUUAUUCUCUGCUGCUCCAUCUGCUGCAACAUCACUGGUGGUGUGCUGAUCAUGGUCGGGGACCGCAUGACCCGCAAGAAAGACGUCGUCGAACGCCUUUUCCGCCAGCAGUUAACCGAGGAAGCAAUGAAGAAGAUCCGAAAGAAGAAGCGAAAGGAAGAGGAGCGACGCAACGCGGAGAACGGAGGUCCUUCACGCUCCCACUCGAUUUCCUCCCAGCGGCAACAACCGGAAACGAAAGAGCACCCAUGAACCAUGAACUCUCCCUCCCCUUUCCUCAAAAGCACAUUACAACUCUUCGCACGUUUCACGACGCCUACGACGAACUCUUAAGAUGCUCCAUUUCUUACUCAUCCCAACAAUGAUAUCCCGAUCGCUGUCCUACCCUGUUUUGCUUAACCAACAGGCCCUGGGACCAUGUGAUCCACCACCCUUAUAGAUCGAUUCUUUGUACUAAUAUAUACGCCAUAUACGUGUUGUAUCUAAGUUUUGCCAUGUUCGACCUUUCUAUGCUGCUUGCUUGCGGUAUCUCAGCGAUCUUAUACUAUAGUUAUUUAUAUUCUACUGAGUGUCAGACCCAGUGAUGCAUAUACACGUUGCAUUGAACUGACCAUAACUAUUACUAUCACGACUACCAAUACCAUUCUAGUCCCGUACUACGAC